AUGGUACUUGUCCGUGUAGUCAAGAUUGUGGAGGUGGUGAAUUGGCCAGAGCCAGAAGCAGAGGUGGUAAUUUGGCCAGAUCCAGAGGUAGAGGAGCCAUGCCCGGACCCAGAUCCAGAGGAGCCAGACAAGGAUCUACUCCGGGAGGCACAGGCAGAGCGACUUGGCUUUGUGCGAUGGUGUACCGGGGUACUUAUCAUAGAUGUGGAAGAGCCUGUGAUAUGGGCGCUCACGGCCGGGGUGGAGGCGGAGGCAACCGCCUUCGAAGUGGUAGAAGUAGAAGCCGCACAUGAUUCUUCCACGGUGUCACCGGAGGCCACAGUCAAUCCAGAAACUUCAACAGUACCGCCCGAGCCGGAGCAGUCAACCAAUAUGUCAACAGUGCCCGAGGAGUCGGCUGCAAGACAGGCAACGAAUGGAACCGAGUGGCCGGCGUCAACUACAGUGGUGGAAAUCACCUCCGAGUCCUGGGAAACGUACAAUGUACAUGAUAGAAUAUCUCGCUUACGAGUUGCAGAGGUGGUGGUCACUGAUACGGUGCCAGACACUGCACUUGUCGAGUCAUCCGUGUCGACUGAUACACUCGCCGAAGCAGAGUCGCCAUCGGUAGUGCUGCCGGUUAAUGUCGUGGAUCCAUCAUCGUCCGUCGUAAUCGUUCCAGUAGAUGCAGUCCAGGUCGCCGAAGUUGUAGAGGAAGCUGUGGUGGAGACAGAAGUCGAAGAUGUGGCUGUAGCGCUUGAAGACUCGGUACUUGCUGAAGAGGUAACGGUGCUAAGAGCAUCAGUUGGAAUCAGAUUGUCGCUGCUAGUGGUGGUAGGAGUAACGCUCGAUGACUCAGUACUGGUCGCAGUGGUGCUGGUAUCGUAG